CCGCGAUAUUUCAGCUCGACGCAGGUCGACGCAGCAUCAGGAACAACAGUACUGUUUAAACGGAGUUUAAACGCUCUUUCGUGACUCCUCAUUUCGGUCAUCGAUGGUUUUGUUGAACAACAUCCUCCCCCCCACCGAGGGAGUGCGGCACGAGCAGGCCGACACCACGGCGGUGCUGGACGGCCACAGACUUGGCUGCGGGACGCUGUACGUCGCGGAGACGCGCUUGUCAUGGUUUGAUGCCUCUGGGAAAGGUUUCGCUCUGGAGUAUCAGACCAUCAGUCUGCAUGCCAUCUCCAGAGAUGUCAGCACCUACCCCCAGGAGCACCUUUAUGUCAUGGUCAACGGCAAACUCAGCAAUGAAAAUGAGGCUGAAAUGGAAGAGAAAGCAGCUGAUGAAAAAGAAGAAGAUGAUGAUGAUGGCAGCAGCAGCGGUGGUGACGAUGACGAUGAUGGAGUGAUCACAGAGAUUCGAUUUGUCCCGAGCAAUAAGGCGUCAUUGGAGCCCAUGUUCUCAGCGAUGUGCGAGUGCCAGGCGUUGCACCCCGACCCUGAGGACGAGGACUCUGACAAUGAUUUUGAAGGAGAGGAGUACGACGUGGAGGAAGCUGAACAGAUGCAGCAUCACGGUCACGCUGACAUCCCGAGCUUCUUCACCUGCGAGGAAGGUCUGUCCUCGCUGACGCAGGAGGGCCAGGCCACGCUGGAGAGGCUGGAGGGGAUGCUGGCUCAGUCCAACACUCAGCAUCACCACAUGGCCGGGGUGAGGACCGAAGAGACCAAGGCAGAGUUUGAAGAUGGUAUGGAGGUGGAUCCUGCAGCGAUGGAGGCCGGGCAGUUUGAGGAUGCAGAUGUUGAUCACUAG